AAUAUGGCGUCAGUGUUCUGACGAUUUUCUGCUGUUGCACAAAAAAAUCGUCGUCUCGGUUGAAAAAAGCGUCCGUUCCGCGAAAAAAAUUAUAAAAUACAAAAGUAAAUUGAAAAUAUAUGGUAAAUAAGGUGUUGGAAACAGUAAAUAUGCGCAAACGCAAAUUGUAUAUACUUUGAACGAAUGUGAAAAGUCGCAGCCAACAGCAAAAAAAAACAAGGAAAUUGCAACUUUUGCCGUGUUUGCAGUCACCAAAUUCAACAGCAAUAUAACAUGGAUAUGCAAGUCGAGCGUAGAGAUUAGACGAAUGCUUUGAAUUUCAAAUUCAAUAUCCUAAUUUAAUUGUAAUUAGUCGUUAGUUGACUAGCCCCAUCCCAAGCGCGCGGCUACAAGCCAGCCACAAACUGCAAGUAGCACAAUACAAGCAGCUCCAAGAAGUAGUUGUUUACAAUUUAAGAAUAUAUUAAGAAAAAAGUGAAAGAAAGAUAACUAGAAGAAAAGAAAAGCCAAAACCAUGACGACUGACACCCGCCGACGUGUUAAGCUCUAUGCACUGAAUGCAGAACGGCAAUGGGACGAUCGUGGCACCGGUCACGUCUCCUCCACGUAUGUGGAGCGUCUCAAGGGCACAUCGUUGUUGGUGCGCGCCGAAUCGGAUGGCUCCCUGCUGUUGGAGAGUAAAAUUCAGCCAGACACCGCCUACCAGAAGCAGCAGGAUACGCUAAUUGUGUGGUCCGAGGGCGAUAACUUUGAUCUUGCACUGAGUUUUCAGGAGAAAGCCGGUUGUGACGAGAUAUGGGAGAAGAUAUGUCAGGUGCAAGGCAAAGAUCCAUCGGUGGAAAUCACACAGGAUAUUGUCGAAGAAUCGGAGGAUGAGCGGUUUGAGGAUAUGUCAGAUACAGCACCGCCCAUUGAGCUGCCACCUUGCGAACUGUCGCGAUUAGAGGACAUCUCCGAGACCAUACAGAGCUGCCUGUCAACGCCGCUGCGCAAGGAGAAGCUAUCGAUGGCCCUGGAAUCGGAGAACUACAUUAAGAAGCUGCUGCAUCAGUUUCACAAUUGUGAGGAUCUCGACAACACAGAGGGAUUGCAUCAUCUAUUUGAAAUCUUCAAGAAUAUCUUCUUGCUGAAUAAGAACGCCCUGUUUGAGAUUAUGUUUGCCGACGACAACAUCUUCGAUGUGGUUGGCUGCCUGGAAUACGAUCCGAGCGUGGCACAGCCCAAGAAGCAUCGACAGUAUCUGAAGCAAUGGGCCAAAUUUCGUGAAGCGGUGCCCAUUAAGAAUCAGGAUCUGUUGGCCAAAAUCCAUCAAACAUUUCGGGUGCAGUACAUUCAGGAUAUCAUACUGCCAACGCCGUCGGUGUUUGUCGAGGAUAAUAUGCUGAACACGCUGUCGAGUUUCAUAUUCUUCAACAAAGUUGAGAUUGUCACACUCAUCCAGGAGGACGAACGUUUUCUGCUCGAUGUCUUCACCCUGCUCACAGAUCCCGGCACCAGCGAUGUGAAGCGACGCGACAUUGUCUUGUUCUUGAAGGAGUUUUGCAACUUUGCGCAAAAUCUGCAACCGCAAGGCAAGGAUUCCUUCUACAAGACGCUCACCUGCAUGGGUAUACUGCAGGCUCUGGAGUUGACGCUGGUGAUGAACGACAACAAAACCAAAUCGGCAUCGAUUGACAUCCUCACGGCCAUUGUGGAAUUCUCUCCGCUUGUUGUGCGCAAUUAUACGUUGAAUCAAAUCAGUCGACCCGACGGCGAUCGAAUGCUGCUGAAUAUUGCCAUUGAACAAAUGUUGAACGACUCGGAACCGGAACUUGGAAUUGCCGUGCAGCUGAUGGGUAUCAUUAAGAUUCUGCUGGAGCCCGAAAAUAUGCUGACUGAGAAGGGCGACUUUCUGAACUUCUUCUACAAGUACAGCGUACAGACGCUAGUUGCUCCUCUUAUGCUCAACACGACGGGUGAUCGUCCUCAGAAUGAGGAUUAUCAGACGGCACAGCUGCUGGGCAUUGUGUUGGACAUUUUGUCCUUCUGCGUGGAACACCAUAGCUAUCAUAUUAAGAAUUUCUUGUUGCAAAAAGAUCUCCUCAAACGAAUUCUGGUGCUGAUGAAGAGCACACACACGUUCCUUGUACUUGGCGCUCUGCGACUUUUGCGCAAGAUAAUUGCACUCAAAGAUGAGUUCUACAAUAGGCACAUUGUCAAGUGUAAUUUGUUUGCGCCUGUUGUGGAUGCCUUUAUACGCAACAAUGGCCGCUAUAAUCUAUUGGAAUCGGCCAUUCUGGAGUUAUUCGAGUUUAUUAAGAUUGAGGAUAUACGCACAUUGUGCGUAUAUUUUGUGGAGAACUUUAGCAAGAUAUUUGAUGAAAUCGAAUAUGUGCAAACGUUUAAAUACCUAAAGAAUCGCUACGAUCAAUAUCAGGAUCGGCUCAAGGAUCGCGACAAGAUGGAAAAUCGCACUGAUGGUAGUCUGCCCAUAAUACGCAGUGGCGGCGGGCGCUUUCGACGCGAUCAGCGUCAAAUGGAGGAGGAGGAGGAGAUGUGGUUCAAUGAGGAAGAUGAUUUCUCCGAAGAAAUUGAUAGCUACAACAAUGUCAUGAAAUCAGUUAGCGAAAAGAAUGGCCCGCAGCAAACAACACAAAAUCAAUCGCAGCAGCAGCAGAAAUCUUCGCCGCCACACAGCACGUCACCGCAUAGCGGCGGUGGCGGUCUACUGGGCAAUCUGAAUCCCUCAGCGACUGCCACGGCCACAUCGGUAUCAGCAGCGGCAGCAGCAGCAGUAGCAGCGGUAUCAUCAGUAUCAGCACCGGCGGCAAGUGGCAGCAGUAGCCCCGAGGCAGCGACGAGCAGCAGCGCCGAUGAGCAGGCUCAGGCCGCAGUGCAGCUAGCUGCCGCUGCCAAUAUUGCCCUGCAGCAACAGCACUCAUUCCAGCAACAACAACACACGUUGUCCCUGAACAGCACACUUGUGGCAGCGGCUGCUGCUGCUGCCGUGGCAUCCACAUCGAAUGCGGCCGCUGCGGCGCAACUGGAAAGCCAACAGCAGCAGCAACAACAGCAGCCAGAGAUUGCUGAGUUACAGCAGCAAUUGAGCGCUGUUGUGCCACAGUCAUCAGAGUCUGUGCUGUCUGCCACAAAUAGUGCGUUGUCCUCGUCGUCGUCAUCAUCAUCAUCGUCAUCUUCGUCGUCGUCGUCAUCAUCAUCAGCGUCAUCCACGUCGUCAAUCGAAGCGUCCACAUCGUCACCAGCCGCAGCGGCAGCAGCUCUGUGCGAUUCAGCGACGGUUGCUGCGGUGGCAGCAUCUCAAUUUCUAACAACGAUUGCAACGGCCAUGGCUGCGUCAGUUACGGCGGCAGCCAGCAGCACAAGCAGCCUUGCGUCCGCUGUUGUGGCCAACAACGGUGACAGCGACAGCGAGCAGCAGCAGCAGACACAGCUACCCGCCACAGAUGCAAGCGAUGCGCAACUUAAGUUAGACGCCGAAAAGGCAGCGUUAAACACAGAUUUGCCAACGGGCAGCGAUGCGGACAAGUUGACCAAAAAGGGACUGGUGGACUAUGAGAGCGAUUCGGGUGAAGACGAUUAUGAGGAGGAUGAGGACUCUGAUGGCCCCCAAGCACAAAAGCGCGCGCGUAUUGCAUAGUAAGGGGCGUUUAGCACAGCAGCGGCAUCAAUUAUAAAAUAGUACACAUACCCCAACACACACAAACACAUACACGCAUUCAUAUAAUACCCUCCCAUACAUAAACACAAACACAACCAACGAAUGAAAGGGUUGAUCGGUGGGCGCAACAACAACAACAAUAGCAACAAGAACAUCAGCAGAGCAGAACAGCAACAGCACACAUCAAAUAAAAUAAUAAUAAAGUAAGCACACAGCGUACGAUGUAAGAUCGAACAAGAGAAACCGCAAGAACAGCAGAUCCAUCAUUCAAAAAUCAGCCCCGGGUAGCGUUGAGAAACGGGACACACAAUACAGAACACUCCUGGCUCUGGAGGAUUUGGGAGAGGACACUAAAUGAUCUCGACCAAUGCCCCUCGAUUGGCCGCGAGUAGCGCUUGCUUGUAAGCAAUCAUGUAAGAAACGAAAACAAGCAAAAAAUCAUAAUAUUAAAUUUUAGCAUAAAACAUUUAUUUUAAAGAAAAAAGUAAAAAAGAAAUUAUAAAAUCUUACUUUACUAAAUUAAACAAAACACACACAAAAAAAGAAAAAACAAAAAACGAAACACACACACAUAUAUAUAAUAAAUAUAAAAAUAUUUAUAUAUAUAUGUAUGGAAAAAUGAAUAUAACUUAUAGGGUAUAAAUGAUAAUAUUACAUGUGCACACACAUCCACACUCUCACACACACACAAACACACAUAAUUCUUGAUCAACAAAAACAAAAACAACUCACAUUAUAUGCAGUUGUUGUGUGCGUUGUGUUGCGAGUGCUUAAAAACAUAAGAAAGAAACCAAAAUAAAUAACAUAAUAUAAUAUUAAUAUAGAAGAAGAACCAGAACAACAACAAAAGCAGCAGCAAACGGCGAAAUAAUGAAUGUGGUUAAGCAGAAGAAGAUGAAAAGUGUUUAUUGGCCGUGUUUAUAAGUCCGGUGCUUAAGUUGUACUAAACGCAGCUCGCUCGCUCAUCAACAACAACAAAAACAAAACUCACAUGGAACCGAACCCCCCCUCGAAAACAAAGAUUGUUAAGUUGGCCCACAAAGUUCUUGUCUGACGGAUUAAAUGAUGUCAAGAUGAUUCUGCAAUAUCUCUCAACUUGUUGUGCGUAUUGCAAGGGCAAUUGAUAAACGUUUCUUCAUCAUCAAAUAAUCGUAUAUAAAUAGUUUCCUUUUCCAACAUAAUUGUUAAUUUAAUUUAUGUGUAAUUUGGCAGCAAAUUGAAAAUUGUUUACCGAAUUGUUUUGUGUCUAAGCUAAGUACUACGAUAAUUAAUUAGCAAACAAUUGCAUUCGUAAUAAGCACAGCAAAAACAAAUUGAUGCUGUUAACUAACUUGGCCAAUUGAACAAACUUUGUUUUGGUUUUGCAUACAGAGUUUUAGCCAUAUGUAAAAUGCCCUCAAACAUAAACGUAAAAUAAACCUUGUAUAUAAUUUAGAGUUAUUCCCCCAACAAAAAAUAUCGAAUUACAUGAUACCACAUAAAGAUAAACGAUAAAACUAUACUGGAACUAUACAGUUGAUAAUAAUAGCAAAGAAAUGAAGGAAGGCGAGGAGGAAUUUGUAUAUUGCUAAUUGGGGGGUUUUUUCUAGACCUAAACAACAACUUGUCCUUAUGAAACUAAGCAGCAUAUUUAAAUUUUAUAAAUCAAUUGACGGUUGCGCCAACACAAGCAAACACACACCCUCACUCACACACACACACACAGAUCAUUUACAAAGUAAUACUAAUAAUGAUAAUUACAAUUACAAACAAAAUAGAUUGUAAAAGGGUUUAACAAAAUAUGUACGCAUAAAGUGAAACCAGAAAAGUCUUCUUGCGUUUUUCCAAUGUAAGGUUAUAUUUUUUUUUUAACUAAUUUUUAAUACGACGACUAAACAAUGUAGUUAAUGAAGAAAGCGGCACAUCGACGACGACAACAACAACAACAGCAACAAGCAGCAGCAGCAACAACAACAAUAUUCACAACACAAUCUACUAGAACCACAAUAAAGUUAUUUGUUAAUAA